AUGUUUAAUGGAGAAAUCCUGUGUCAGUUUAUGUUACUUCAGGCUCACAGUCUCCAACUUGAGGCCUUUUCAGUUGCCAUUAAGAGAUUAGAUCCCGGCUUGCCGAAACCUAUGCUCCAGUUUGUCAGCAGCUGUAGAAAUAAAUCAGAUGAAGAUAGACUACAAAUCUUAAAAGAGAAAUCAAUUGAGCUGAAUGUGAAUGAACAAGUGGAAUUCCACAAGAAUGUAACAUACAGAUUAUUUUAUGAUCCCUUUGCCAAUAAAAUUUAUGAUUAUGCCAAUGGAAUUGCUGCUUUGAGGUCUUUAAAGUAUUCAAAUUCUGAUACUGUUAUUUACGUUGGCUGUGGAGAACGUGUAGAAAUGAAAUGGCUGAGGAUAGCAGCAGACCGAAUUUCAUCAGAGGGAUUAUGGUUAAUUGGGUUAAGAAAUUAUUGGAGUGAGGUAAAAUGUGAAAAGUGGAUUCGCGAUGAAGAUAGUCAUUCAGAGGAGUCUAACGCAACAUGGUGGUUACCUAGACUGAUAGGGCAGGAACACAACAUCACUUUAGAUUGGACAUACCCUUUCGCAGAAGGAAGAUUAUUUGUUCUCACUUUAACUGCUGGCUUGGAAGGUUACCAUGUUAUUGUGGACGGAAAGCACGAGACAUCUUUUCCCUAUCGCACGGGCUUCUCUCUUAAGGAUGCUACCGGUCUAUCUAUUAAAAGGGAUAUCGAUGUGCACUCUAUAUAUGCUGCUUCUUUACCAACAUCACAUCCAGUUUCUGCACCACAGAUGCAUCUAGAAUUACUUCCUCAAUGGAAAGCUCCACCUAUUCUCGAUAAGAAUGUUGAGCCCUUCAUUGGAAUACUUUCUGCCGGCAACCAUUUUGCGGAACGAAUGGUAGUAAGAAAAUCAUGGAUGCAACAUAAGCUAAUCAAAUCUUCACAUGUUAUAGCUCGAUUCUUUGUUGCUCUGGUAAGAGAAGUCUUUAAGCAUCUGCUGAGUGAAGUCUUUAAGUAUCUACUGAGAGAAGUCUUUCCCUACAAAGAUCCGUAACAAUAAAGAUAGUUUAUAAAAUCUUUCAUCUAUGAUAGAAACUGCAUGGAUAAUAUGGGAUUUGGAAAUGACAUCCCAAUUUUUUAUUGAUAUAUCACAUUCAAUGCAUGUUCUACUAAGAUGUAAUUGAUACUUUUAUAAUAGAAACAUAUUUUUUUCAAUUUAAA